GUCAGUUUCACGUCAAUGAUCGGACGGUUGUUAGGUGUCAGUUUCCUGUUCAUGAUCUGCCUGUUUGUUGAUCGUUUUUCGCUUCUUGUGACUGAUUAGCCUGUUGUGGAGUGGCCGUUUCUUGCGGGUGAUCAGCCUGGUGUCCACUCCCAGUUUCCCGCGAACGAUCCGCCUGUUCAAGUCUCAGCUCCAGAAGCUUGUGGCUGAGUUGAGGUUCGCCACGGAUGUUCAGCCUGGUUGUGCGUGUGAGCUGACUGGGUAGCCAGCCGGCUGAUAAAGCGCCUGUAAUCACGGGCUGUGCGUGCCUGUUGGUUGACACUUCCUGUCGUUGCAGCUCGGUGGGUGUGGAGUUGCACUACCUUUGCUGAGUUUCCGGAUUCACCUGGAACAGCCAGCGCCCCGGUUUGAGCCGAGACAGACAGAAGAGAUUCGCAGCCGGCGAUAAUGUGCUCCCUGCGCCCGGGGCUUCUCAGCCUCCUGUCCUGUUCCCUCUGUUUGCUCCAGGUGAGCCGCGCCACAGAUAGCCAGCAGUGCCUGAGCAACUACAUCCUGGGCCGGGAUGACUUCGUGCUGGACACCGACGACUCGGUGGCUGACGGAGCCACUUUCCUGGGCUCCCCCAAUGUCAGCCGUGCCCGAGACUGUGUGAGAAUGUGCUGCCGCACCGCGGGCUGUAACGUGGUCCUGCUGGAGGACCGGGACCAGAAGAGCCAGCGCGACCCCCUGCUCAGGCAGGUCAGCGGCUGCUUCCUGUUCAACUGCCUCUACAACCAGGUCUACGUCUGCAAGUUCUUCAGGAGAGAAGGCUUCAGUAACUUUAUACUGAACACUGUCCAUGAGGCCUACAUCAAGCCAAGGAAACCCGGUGCAGGUGACAAGCUACCAAGGGCAAAUGCAGGAAGAGAUCGAAUUGUGCAGCCGAAUGAGCAAGUAAUAUUAAGUGGGUUGGCAAGCAGAGAUGACUUUAGAAUUGUCAGUUUUGAUUGGAAUCUCCUCGCCGGAGAUCCCUCUGUGAAGUUAGAGAAAACUGAACAUCAGGAUGAGCGGCUGGUGUCCAACUUGAAGGUGGGACAGUAUGUCUUUCAGCUGACUGUCACAGACACGGCUGGCCAGAAGACCACUGACAAUAUGUCCAUCACCGUCCUCUCUCCUGAACAAUCAGAGGAAUACUGUAAAGCAGACAAGAAGGUGGGGCCUUGCCGAGGGUCCUUUCCUCGCUGGCACUAUGAAGCCAACAAGGGGAGCUGUGAGCCCUUCACCUACGGUGGCUGCAAGGGCAACAAGAACAACUUUGUGGGCGAGACAGAAUGCCAGCAGGCGUGCAGUGGUGUCAAAGACAAAAAGUCUUCAGGCAGAUCAGGCUUGCCACAAUGCACAGGGAACUGCAGUGAGGACCAGUUCAAGUGCAGUGAUAACUGCUGCAUUGAUAGCAACCUCGAGUGUGAUGAAACUCCGCAUUGCAAAGAUAAAUCGGAUGAGGCCAGCUGCAAGCACAUAAGGGAACGAUUCAACAAACUGCUGGACAUAGACAUCCCCAAGGAGAAAGCUCGCUGUGUGUACCCACCCAUCACUGGCCGCUGCCGGGCCGACUUCAGUCGCUUUUACUACAACCCGUAUUCCAGGUCCUGCGAGCGCUUCACGUACGGAGGCUGUGACGGCAACGAGAACCGCUUUGAAACGGUGGAGGAAUGUCUGGCUGCCUGCCGCGGAGUGACAGGAAAGGAUGUGUUUUCCCGGGGCCUGUUUGAAAGGCAGAAAGACGAAAAAUCUUCAAAUGCUGGCGUUGCCAUUGCUGUGGUCCUGGCCAUCUGUAUCGCUGCAGUACUAGCCCUUGUGCUCUACUACCUGCUGAAGAUGAAGAAACAGAACCGCCGGCAAGCAAGUCUGCCCAGUUCCACUGAUUCCACAGAUGAAGCAAAAAAGCUGGUGGCAUUGAAUUCGAAGCCUGUCUGAGGCAGGCGGUGGCAAUGAUCACCCAUUUAAGACAAUGGGUAGAGGGGGGAGGGAGGGAGGGGCGGGAAAGUACAGGGCAUGAGCUGACCAAUUCCUGUUUAUAGAUUAUAAAGUAACAUUUCCUUUUGAGCACCUGGAUGAGGUGGCAAUGACGCGCUUGCAGACGUUUUGUUUAGUCUGUACAGGUGCUAGUCUGGUCGCCCAAUUGCCCCAAUUGGAUUUGGCCCUGUUUGAGUAAACAGCUGUUUCAUUCCUUCAUGGGAUUCCUGGUGACUGUCCUCAGUAUUUUGCUGCGCUGUGAAUCAAUGCCAUGGGCCCAUGAUGAGCACACAAUUGGCCGUUUCCUCUGAAUGGGUGGGACUGGGGACGGUGAAUUUAGGAAGUCAGCUUUUGGGGCUGUUAGAUACAAUUUGGGAGAUGGGGGCUUGGGAUUUACAGGCGAUCAGUCCAGAAUCCAGAUGUUAUCUUGACCUUCAACUUUGAGUUUAGCCUUGGUGCACUGAAUCUUCUCAUCACGUGAUGAUCAGACUCCACAAUAAACAUGGGACAGGUUGGUUUCUGACAAUAACUCCCACUGCCCCAUUCACAACUGCUGAAUACCUGCCAAAUGGCUCAUGCAUUGGUCAGUGUUAUUUCACUGCUGGCAAACAGGGCUCUAUCUAUCUGAGCAUGAAAAUCGAACCACUGCAAAAAAAAGUGUAAGUUGUGUUUUUUGUCAGUACUGUCUUUGCUUCCCAAACUCUGUCAAUAUCUUUUUAUCCCUUCCCUCCCCCUCUGUUUCUCUCCCCCUUCUCUUUCUCACUCUACCUCUUUGCUUCUGAUUUCUGUGUCUCUCUCCUCCCUGUCAUGCCAAUCUCCAUGACUACUGUGCUCCUCCCACUUUAUCUCCCCAAGGUGUUUCUCUUCUCCGCCUGCCAGAAAGAGUGGGCUCAGUGUGUUCCUUGGGCUACCUGUGUUGUGCGUAUUUGGUUCUGUGAGCAGAGGUUCCACGCAGUCUGGUCCCUGGCUGUCCAAACAGGAAGUGGGGGGGAACACAUGAGAUCAGUGUGAAGGUUUCCCAUACGAGAAAGUCUGAACAGAUUAAUAAUCAAAUGUGUACAGAUCUUGGUGCCAAUUGUAUUCUUCCUAUUUAAUAACUAGCUUUUGAGACUUAGGUUAAACGCAACUCCUAUCCUAUUUUAGUCAGACAAGUGGGUGCCCGACAUACUGGUGAAAACUCAUCACUGUGCAGCACAGUAUACCCCUCUCAAAUUUAUUUUUUAGUCGUUGGCUGGUGGGAUGUGUCUUGCUUCCUUAACUCUAAAGACUUCAUGAUUAUAGCAAAAAGCAUAGAAUUCCUUAAACCAGUGUGUGCAGGAGCUUUUCAGAAAGCUAUCUAGCUGCAUAGCUCAAAUGGAACCCUCUCACUCAUUCCUCUUCCUCCAUUAUUCCUUGAUAACCCUUUCUCUCCUUGCCUAAACUUGUCUGUUAGUGUGUUAGUAACCAGACAACAGAAGGGAAGUGACUCGUCUCACAGUAGUCACUCGAUAGCACUGGGUUACCACGAGUCAUGUGGGCCAUCUCAUGAUCUGUGCAGUCGUAUGCAUCCCUCAAUGUCAUCAUGAGCGGCUUGUGUGAACGUUGAAUCAUUUGUGGUUGAGGCUUUUGGCUUCCUCCCCCAGUGCUUGAUACUUGGCCCAUGGAGGGGCACACAGGGUCAAAUUGUAGAGCCCAACCUCCGUGCCAGUCAGAAUUAUGGGCCCAACGUUGCAGCACUUGCAGUUGUUCAGUGAAUGCAUUUCUAUUGGAAAGUUCACUCCCUCAGCCUGAAGCUUCAAAGUCACUUUACCGCCUUGGGGCACUCAAAGGGUUCAUUCAGGCUACUGCAUUUAUAAUGCUCCCAGUUUUUUUUUUUAAGUUCUUUUUAUAUACAUUGAACCACCUUCGAAUUAUUCCACAAUAUCCAAUGCCAUUUGAAGGAAUACCAAUCUGUGACGCGCC